ACGUACAACCAAUGCACACAACCAUCUCUCUCUUCAUUACACAUCAUUAUCUGAAUAAAUUAUCAAAAGGUGAGAACUUUGAGUAGAAAUACUGAAAUACCAAUUGCAAUAGCAAAUGCAGAGAGAGAAACUAGAGAGAGAGAGAGUAAAAAAAAGAAAAAAGGGCAAAUCGGAGCACUCAUAAAGGGGUUUUCUUUUAUAUCGAGAAGAACAAGAAGAAAUUAAAAGCUGUGGUUUCUUUCGUGGAUAUAGAGACAGGCUAAUAUACAUAUAUAUAGAGAGAGAGAGAAAGAGAAAGGUGUGUGUGGACGGUGUAGUGUGUGAAAGGGGGGCAAUUAAAGGCGAAACUGCAGCAUUUGGUCUGCGUAAUCCUCAACAUCCCCUCCUUUUCCAAAGCUCCUCUUGUCUCCCUAUUCCCUCCCUCUCUCUCUCUCCACCCUCGCCGCCGCUCCUCCUCUUUUUCCGGUUGAUCCAGCUCAGUCGGAAGGAGAGAGGUGGAAGCUGCUUGCUUGAUCACUUCCACACGGCUAAAAAUCGGAUCUUUUUUGGUGGGGGAGGCGGCGAUUUCGUUGCCGGAUAUUCUCCGGCGAGAUGAGAUAAACUCCGGCCACCUAUUUUCCGGCGGAGGACAGAUAAAAAAGAGAAGAAAAUGAAGACGGCUAGCUCCGGCGCCGGAGUGUCGCCGGCGAACUCCGCCGCCGCCGCCGUUGAAGUGGAGAAGAAGAAUAUUAACGCAGAGUUAUGGCAAGCGUGCGCCGGCCCUCUGGUCAAUCUGCCGGUGGCUGGGACCCACGUCGUCUACUUCCCACAAGGCCACAGUGAGCAGGUUGCUGCUUCGAUGAAAAAGGAUGUCGAUGCUCAAAUCCCAAGCUACCCUAAUCUUCCAUCGAAGCUACUGUGUCGUCUUCACAGCGUCACCCUUCACGCUGAUCCAGAAACGGAUGAAGUAUACGCGCAGAUGACACUCCAACCAGUGCCAUCGUUUGACAAGGAUGCUUUGUUGAGGUCUGAUUUGUCAAUGAAAGCAAAUAAACCCCAAACUGAAUUCUUCUGCAAAACCUUGACUGCUAGUGAUACUAGCACUCAUGGGGGUUUCUCCGUGCCUCGUCGUGCUGCAGAAAAGAUUUUCCCUCCCUUGGACUUCACUAUGCAACCUCCUGCACAAGAGAUUGUUGCUCGGGAUUUACACGACAGCGUUUGGACAUUUCGCCAUAUAUACCGAGGACAACCAAAGCGUCACUUGCUUACAACGGGAUGGAGUCUCUUCGUGAGUGGAAAGAGGCUGUUUGCAGGCGACUCGGUGCUGUUUAUCAGGGAUGAAAAACAGCAGCUUCUUUUAGGCAUACGGCGUGCUAACAGGCAACCAACGAACUUAUCAUCAUCAGUAUUGUCGAGCGACAGCAUGCAUAUCGGUAUCCUAGCUGCAGCUGCCCAUGCUGCUGCCAACAACAGCCCUUUCACCGUCUUUUACAAUCCAAGGGCUAGUCCAUCGGAGUUUGUCAUCCCUCUGGCCAAGUACUAUAAAGCGGUUUGCAGUAGCCAGAUAUCUCUUGGCAUGCGAUUUCGGAUGAUGUUUGAAACAGAAGAAUCCGGGACACGAAGAUAUAUGGGUACAAUAACCGGGAUCAGCGACCUGGAUAGCGUCCGAUGGAAGAACUCCCAGUGGCGCAACUUGCAGGUUGGUUGGGAUGAGUCCACUGCUGGUGAGAAGCGUAAUCGUGUCUCCAUCUGGGAGAUCGAACCCGUGACUGCCCCAUUCUUUAUCUGCCCCACGCCUCCUUUCUUCCGUCCGAAGCGCCCAAGGCAGCCAGGAAUGCCAGACGAUGAAGCUCCUGAUCUCGACAGCAUAUUCAGGAGGACGAUGCCCUGGCUCGGUGACGACUUUGGCAUGAAAGAACCCCAAGCUCUGCCCGGCCUGAGCUUGGCUCAAUGGAUGAACAUGCAGCAAAACCCGUCGCUUGCCAACUCAAUGCAACCCAACUAUAUGAAUCCGUUGUCCGGUUCUGUUCUGCAAAAUCUCACAGGUGCAGAUAUAUCGCGGCAGUUAGGCAUGCCGGGGGCUCAAAUCCCUCAGCAGAACAACUUGCAGUUCAACGCCCAGAGGCAAACACAACCGGCUCAACAGCUAGAUCAACUGCAGAAGCUGCAGUCUAACACGUUGAGCCCGUUGGGCUCAAUUAUGCCUGGGCAGCCGCAGCAGUUGACUGAUAUGUCUCAAUCGAGGCAGAACUUAAUCGGCCAGACGUUGCCUAACAGCAGCCAAAUUCAGAGCCAGAUGCUUCCGUCGCAGAACCCUAUUCAAGCUCAACAACAGUCUCUUCUAAGCCAUCAGCUACAGAUGAAUCUAUCACAGAAUCUGUCUCAACAGCAGAUGUUUAGUCACUCUCAGCAACAAAACCCGAUGCAGCCACAGUCGUCUGAUCACAUCAGCCAACAGCUGCACAUGCCGGAGAACCAAAUGCAAAUGCAGCUUAUGCAGAAGUAUCAUCAGCAGCAGCAAUCAAUGAUGGCGAUGCAGCAGCCGUCGCAACUGUCGCAGCUCCAAGAUCAUCAGAAGCAGCAGUUAGAUGUUACACCGAGCUUUUCGAAGCCUAUGUCAACGAGCCAAAUGCUGGACGCAUCUCAGACAACUUCCAGUAUGAUCCCUCAGUCUCACGUUCUUUCCCAGCAGAUGACGAGGAAUAACAGCCAAGCACAUCUUCAUUUCGCUCAACCACCUCAGCAACCAAAACCUGACCAACAGCAGCAGCAGCAGCAGCAACCAGGGAUGAUGUCGGAUUUACCAGGACAUGUGGGGCAUACGUUUCAGCCUUCUGCCGGUGGAGGUCAAUCAGCAGUCACAGACGACGUCCCGUCCUGUUCAACUUCACCAUCCACAAAUAACUGCUCAAAUGGAGUUCAGUUGAUGAUGAACGGCAAAAACCAACGAACUGGAAUGGUAGGGGAUAUACAGCAGAAGAGCGACGUCAAACCUUCAUUAAACGUAUCCAAGAUUGCUGAGUGUUCCGUCACUCAGUUGAAUACAAGUGUUUUGGAGGCUUUGCCUUCUAGCAGUAACUUAGUCAAGGAUUUACAGCAGAAGAGCGAUGUUAAGUCUUCGUUGAACGUGUCCAAGAGCCAAAACCAAGGUUUCUUCGCAUCACAAACCUAUCUCGACCCUGCUGGAACGCAAAUAGACUACUUGGAUAGUUCGUCGUCAGCAACAUCAGUCAUUUCUCAGAAUGAUCUCCACAUGCCACCGAACAACAACUCAAUGUCGUUCAAUUCCCAGUCGAUGUUGUUUAGAGAUGCAAGCCAUGACGGAGAAGUCCAGGGCGACCCAAGGAACAGUCUUCCUUUUGGGGCCAACAUUGAGAAUCAGUUAGGAAUGCCAAUGAUGCCUGAUGCGUUGAUCACUAAGGAUAUGGUAGGCUCGGGUAAAGAAUUUGCAACUGAUGUCCCGUCUGGAGGAGGCAUGAUCUCCAGCUUUGACAACCAGAAGGCUGAGCUAUCAUCGUCCAUGGUUUCACAGUCAUUCGGAGUUCCAGAUAUGACAUUCAACUCCAUUGAUUCCACGAUAAAUGACGGUAGCUUCAUGAACCAAGGGGCUUGGCCACCGCCUCAGAUACCUCGGAUGAGGACAUACACAAAGGUGUACAAACGAGGGGCCGUUGGACGAUCAAUUGACAUUACUCGUUAUGCUGGAUAUGACGAGCUUAAACAAGAUUUGGCUCGUAGGUUUGGUAUAGAGGGACAAUUAGAGGACAGGCAGAGAAUCGGCUGGAAACUCGUGUAUGUGGAUCAUGAGAACGACGUCUUGCUAGUAGGCGACGAUCCUUGGGAGGAAUUCGUGAACUGUGUCCGUUGCAUAAAGAUCCUUUCGCCUCAAGAGGUCCAGCAGAUGAGCUUGGAUGGAGAUUUUGGGAACAGUGUCCUUCCAAAUCAAGCUUGUAGUAGCUCAGACAAUGGCUUGAAUUAGUUGUGAUAUAUUUUCUAGACUAUUCUUUUUUCCACAUGGAAAGCAUUGCAAUGGCUUACCAACAAACAUACUUCAUCCCUUGGUCCAUGAUCCUGCUCGGCUUGGAAGGGCACGGUGAUCGUUGGCCACGGGUAAGAAGUGUCUUCAUUAGUGGUGGACGUGAGGGCGGGCUAAGCAUCUAUGCCAAGUCUUUUUUCAGGCAUCGUGCUACGCCAUGUGUUUUAGGACUAGCCGAGAUAUAGAUGGAGGUCUUGUUGAGAUGUAUGAUGGCCUAAUGUGAUUGCACAUUUCACCAUCUUUGGUUAGAGAGAGAGGGAGAGAGCUUGAGUUAUGUAUGCAUUAUAUAGUUUCGAAUUGUAUAGACCUUUAGAUAUAAUUUGAGUUCGCUUUGUGAUGGCA